AUGUGGAAGGAGAUAGCCAAGCUGCAAGGAACUGAGCUUUGUAUGAGUUCGGCUUACCACCCUCAAACCGACGGACAAAUAGAAGCUUUAAAUAGGUGCUUGGCUGGAGAUGAACCAAGUAAAUGGGAGGUGUAUCUUGCUUGGGCUGAGUAUUGGUACAACACCGCUUAUCAGUUGUCUGUUGGAAUGACUCCUUUUAAGGCAUUAUAUGGAAGAGAUCCACCCACCAUUGUCGACUAUUUGGAAGGGCAGCCCCAGAAGCAGAUCACAACCUUGCCUCUAGUGUUAGGUACAGGUGAUGGAAGUGAAGAGCAAGAGGACAUGAACCUUGAGGACAAGGUUCCUUCAUUAGGGGAGGUAAUGUUGAGAAAGGAAGAGUCAAGACAUGAGCAUGGAAAGGCACAACAAUCUGCAGUAACCAUGCAAGCAGCGGAUGAGAAAAAGGAGAGUGAGUAG